GCUCAGCUACUGGGCACACUGAGCACAUCGAUUGGCCAUGAGUUUGUUGCACGUCUAACUUCGGCAGAGUAUCUUGCUUUGCAUUUGCAGAGAAAGACAGACCAUGUAAAAAUAAUGUUUAGUAACCAGGGCAUUCAACCUGUAACGGUUGUUUUGGGCAACACAAAAAACUGCUUUGUGAAUCUCUCCCCGACGUUGAUAUCGCAUCUUUCUCUGAGCGAGAACCAGGCUUUGGAGUUGUCCUGGGGCCAUGGAUCUCCAGUGUUCCUCAGCUGGACUCCGAACAGAACCUCCUCCACCUCGGACAGCCAUAAAGUUGAGCUGAGUCGACAGCUAGGAGAGAAGCUGGGCCUGAAAGAUGGAGAGCAGGGCUUCUUGAGAAGAUGUCACCAAGUGUCAUCAGUACAUCAAGUGUUUGUGGAGCCUCUGUCAUCUGAUGACUGGGAGAUCCUGGAGCUCCACAGUGCAGUGCUGGAGCAGCGGCUGCUGGAUCAGAUCAGAGUUGUUUUCCAAGAUGCCGUGUUUCCUGUGUGGGUGGACAGCCACACAGUCAUCUACAUCCAAAUAGCAUCGCUUUCACCAUCUGUGCCCUAUGGUCGCUUGGAGCAGUUCACAGAACUAGUUGUCUCUCCUAAGAGCCGUGCUGGAAUUGGCAACCUCAGUGCAUCCCCAGUGAGAAACGACAAGGAGCAGCAUUUUCGCAGGCAGCAAAAUAUGGAUCUUUCCUCCCCGUCAGGACCGUCAUUAGCAAGCACCUCCCCUGUCCCCCAAAAUCACCAGUGGGGUGGCAUAGCUGACCUGAAAAGCCUGCUACGCUAUAUGAUAAAGGGUACUUAUGACCCGGUUAAAGAGCUCCCACCUGUACCUGAGGUCCCUGCCCUCUUGACUGACUCUGUAUACAGAGUGUGCAGGGCACCUCCAGAUUCUCUUUGCACUAUUAGCCACAUCGCAACUGCCGUUGUUCAUGUAUUUCCCUGGAGCCACGGGUUGAAUGCUGCACCGACUCGAGGUCAGUUGCCAGGGACUUAUGGCCUGCUCUCUAAAGUUCUCUCCCCUAAAGAGGCAAGGGACAGAGCCAAGCAGGCCAUGGAGAAAAAGAAGAACGCGAGAGAUAGUAAAGAAGCGGGAGGAGAGGAGGUAAAAGAAGAGAAAGCUGUGGUGGUCAGGGUGGUGUGCCAUGGUACUGAGGAGCUGGCAUACAAGGAAAGAAGUCACAGCAAGGGAGAGAUCCAUAGUGGAAGAGUGUGGAUCCCACAGCCCCUGGCCAUCAGGCUGAAUAUCAUCCCACAUUCAACAGUUAGAAUUAAGCCAGUUAAAUCACCGAUCAAAGUAGCCUCCUCUAUUCGCCUACAGCCCCUAAUACCACUGCCCGAUGAGGACGAUGAGGAGAUCCAGACAGCUUUCCUUGGUUGGCUGCACACUCAGAGUCAUGAACCUCUAGCCUGCCUGACUGCACGAUCUGCCACCAUCCUCUUACAUGGAACCGACUCAAAGUUAGAAUUUGCUUUAACUGUACUGAAACCGGAGUCAGAGAGCGACCCUCCAGACCAGCUGUUUUCACUCGCACCCGCUGUUCUCCAGAAGGAAAACAUACAGGUAGCCAGAGAACCAGUGACACUGCCAGCUUUGAAAUCUAUAGCUGAAACGCCAGAGCUUCCUUCCGUCGAUGCUCUUGGUGGGAUUGAUGAGCUUAGUAGGACUGGAUUUGACUUCAUCUCCCACAGCCUUCUGGGUAGUCCCCUCUCAAGGGAGCUUGGUACCGCUGGACAGGGACUCCAAGGAGGAGCUUUACUCAUCACUGGUGCUAAGGGAAGUGGAAAGAGUGCUCUAUCCCGAGCCCUCUGUGGGAAAGCUCGAGAAAAUCUGGAUGCACACGUGGAGCUGGUGGACUGCAAAAAGCUGCAAGGCAAAAGGGCAGAAACAGUGAGACAGACGCUGCAAGAUGUUUUUGAGCAGGCAGAGUGGAGCCAGCCUUCAGUUGUUCUCCUGGAUGACCUGGACCACAUAGCCGGGGCACCGACCUCACCAGAACAUGAGCACGGUCCUGAGGCGCUGCUGCGACAGCAUAUUGCACAGAGUCUGAUGGAUGUGGUGGAUGAGUUGGUGGUUUACUCCAGGCUAGUGUGUCUCAUCAUCACCAGCCAGAGUGAGCAUUCCCUCCACCCCUCCCUGACCGAGGUGCAGGGGUCCCACUUCAUCCAGGGCUUUGUACACAUCCAGCCACCAAACCAGGCUCAAAGAGCAGAAAUCCUGCGCCAUCUGAUACUCAGAAAAAGCAGCCUAUCUGAGGAGACCUUACAGACUCUAGACCUGGUAGCUGUUGCCAAGGAGACAGAGGGAUACACACCACGGGACCUUGUUCUACUGUUGGAGCGGGCUGUCCAUGCCAACACUGUUCAAAGAGGACACGGUGACCAGGGUGUGAGUCUGUCAUGGAGGGACUUUGUGCAGGCUCUCAAGGGAUUCACGCCUCCCUCGCUGUGGGGUGUAGACCUCCACACCCCAAGUGAAGUGGGGCUGGAAAGGGUGGGGGGUCUAAAGGAGGUGCGACAGCAGCUGAUGGACACCAUACUGCUCCCCGCUAAGUAUCCCGUCCUGUUCUCCAAUCUUCCUAUCCGCCAUCGCUCAGGAAUAUUGCUGUAUGGAGCUCCUGGUACAGGGAAAACCCUGCUGGCCAGGGCCGUGGCCAAAGACAGCGGUAUGAACUUCAUCAGCAUCAAGGGACCUGAACUUCUGAGUAAGUACAUUGGAGCCAGUGAGCAGGGAGUCCGUGAUGUCUUCCAGAGGGCGCAAGCUGCUAAGCCAUGCAUUCUGUUCUUCGAUGAGUUUGACUCGCUAGCCCCCAGGAGGGGCCACGACAGCACGGGUGUAACAGACCGUGUGGUCAACCAGCUCCUCACCCAGCUGGAUGGGGUGGAGGGACUGCAGGGAGUAUAUGUGCUUGCAGCCACCAGCCGUCCAGAUCUGAUUGACCCGGCCCUGCUGAGACCUGGACGCCUGGACAAGUCUCUCUACUGCCCUCCUCCUGACCUGGAGGCUCGUGUGGAGAUCCUGAAGGCUCUGAGCAUUGGUGCUGCCCUGGCCGCUGACGUCGACCUGGAGCAGCUGGCAGCAGCAACGGAGCAUUUCACCGGGGCAGACCUGAAGGCCCUGCUUUACAACGCCCAGCUGGAGGCUGUCCACAACGGCCUGGGCUCCAGCACACCACAUGAUUUGACUUGCGGCUCAGACAGCGACAUGAGCCUGUCCUCCAUGAUCUUUCCUACCAACAGCAGUGGCUCAGAUGAUUCAGUGGGGGAUGGGUACCAGGGAGUGGGACUGGACCAGUCCAUGGUACUCCUGGAGCCUUGUGAGCUUCAAGCAGACGACGCACAGCAUCGUGGCAAUGUCUGGAGAAUCUACUUUGGAAGUUCCUACGAGUCAGAGCUGGGGAAUUCACCUAUUUCAGGACUGAACUCCCAGUGCGUGUCUGGACCAAACUCCAUGACCUAUGAAUUCACAAAGGCAUCUGGUCGGAAACCUGGUGUCUCUGUCCCCCCUGCCUACAUGUCCUCCCUCCGGAGCGGAUACGAAGAGCUUGGCCCGGAGAAGCUGGAGCGACUACAACAGGACAUUAAUAAUAUCAAGAACAACUACAGGAGAGCCAAUGUAAGUAAAAACAAUGGACAUGAAAAUAUCCAAAUGAUGUUGCAUGCUGUUUGAUUUGCUUCUAUUCUCUGGGUGUCUGCAGGGUCUUAAAAAGUCUUAAA